AUGUCUGACGCUGGUCGCAAGGAUUUCUCUACCAAGGCCAAGGAGGAACUCACUCCCGACUCCACCAAGUCCACCCAGGACAAGGUCAAGGAGACCGUCACCGACACCAGCGACCGCGUUGCUCGUGGCCUGCAGACCGACAACAGCAAGUCUACCACCCAGGAGGCUUUUGAUAAGACCCAGCGUUCCCACGAUAACCACGCCCACGGUGGUGCUACCGGCUCUGUCGGUGAGAAGGUCAAGAACGCCCUCGGUCUCGGCAACUAG